AUGUCAUCCGCUAACGAAGCUGCCAAAAUGUUCUACCGGACCCUCGGUAACACGGGGCUGAUCACCUCAGUCUUUGGGUUUGGCUUUUGGGCGACUUUUGGUGUGAAAGCUGGCUUGCUGGACCGAGAAGGAAUCGAGCAGGCCAAACAGAUUAUUAGUGUGGCCCGAGAAGGAGGCAUCAACCUCUUUGACAAUGCUGAGACCUACGGCAAUCCUGUCGGAGAAGCAGAGCGUAUCUUUGGCCAAGCCUACAAGGAACUGAGUACAGAGAAUCCGGAAUUGUGGCGACGUUCCGAAGUGAUCAUUACCACAAAGCUCUUUUGGGGCGGUUCUGGUCAGAAUGAACGUGGUCUCAGUCGAAAGCACAUUAUGGAAGGAAUGGCGAAUUCCCUAAAGAGGCUGCAGAUGGAUUAUGUGGACUUGAUUUAUUGUCAUCGUCCAGAUGCACUCACGCCAACCGAAACCAUUGUUCGAGCCAUGACAGACCUUGUUAGAUCUGGCAAGGCCAUGGCGUGGGGCACCAGUGAAUGGAGUGCUCAGCAAAUCACGGAGGCCUUCUGGAUUGCUCGGAUGGAAGGAUUGGAGCCUCCACAGGUCGAACAACCUCAGUACCACAUGUUUCACCGAGAACGAUUUGAAAAGGAAUACUUUCCUUUGUAUCGGGCUCCGUACAAUAUUGCGACGACAACCUGGAGUCCCUUGGCGAGUGGCUUGUUGACAGGAAAGUACAAUGAUGGCAUCCCGGAAGGGUCUCGAGUUACACAAAAGGGAUACGAAUGGCUUCAAAGCAUAAUCACCGAUUGGAAAGAACAAGGCAAGCUGGACAAGGUCAAGGAGCUGAGCGAGUACGCCGAGAAGAACUUGGGAUGCACCAUGGCCCAGCUGGCUCUGGCUUGGUGUGUAAAGAACGAAAACGCCAGCUGUGUUCUCUUGGGUGCCACCAAGGUGGAACAGAUUGAGGACAACCUCAAGGCCAUUCCAGUGGCUGCCAAGUUGACAGACACGCAUAUGGAAGAGAUCGAGAAGAUACUUGGAAACAAACCCGACAACUUCUGGGGCCAUGGUAACCGCAAAGUCCUUGCCAGCCUCUAG